GUAAAAUCAUCCAGAUCAGGAAAAAAAUGGGACAUCGUGCACCACGCGGUAUCGUAGCUAUCACAUUGUUACUUAUCGUAUGGCAGUGGGAGAGCAUCCUUGCUAUCGAAACCAGUGACUGCUCCUGCUAUUCAUUCCACAAAAUUCGAAAGAAUUGGGAAGAUAGCAAUAAGAUUUGCCAACAGAAUAACGGAAGAUUGGUAUCCAUGGAAACAGAAGAGGAAUACCAGUUUAUCAACAAGACGAUACAAAGUCUAGAUGUAGGAAAUAACGAGUGGUAUAUUGGUUUGAAGAGAAUAUCAAGUAUAUCAAGAAACUACUGGGAGUGGAUUAAUGGACAUAGCAUGGCCAUUAUUGAUAAAUGGGUGAAAGGCGAACCAAGUGGAAAUGUAGAUUGUGUUACAAUGAUAAAACACUAUAAUGGACGGGAAUUAUUCGAUGACAUUAACUGUAGAACACUCAGAAUGUUUAUAUGUGAAUACAAACAAGCUCAAAAGUGUUCUAAUAUUACGUCUACAAUCAUUGAAAAAAGGUGUUUUUCAAAGAGAAAACAGGUAACCACGAAAGAGAACACAAUGACGCCAUCUUUUUCACCAACUGCAAAAGAAACCAGUGACUGCUCCUGCUAUUCAUUCCACCAUAUUACAAAGAGUUGGGAAGAUAGCAAUAAAAUUUGUCAAGAGAAUGGCGGAACCUUGGUAUCCAUGGAAACAGAAGAGGAAUACCAGUUUAUCAACAAGACGAUACAAAGUCUAGAUGUAGGAGAAAACGAGUGGUAUAUUGGUCUGAGGAGAAUAUCAACUAACUACUGGAGGUGGAAUAGUGGACAUGUCAACAAGACCAUUGAUAAAUGGAUGUCAGGCGAACCAAGUAGAUCAGACCGUUGCGUUAAAAUGAUAAAACACUAUAAAGGACGGGGAUUAUUCGAUGACAUUAGAUGCGACAUACAAUACAUGUUCAUAUGUGAAUAUAAACAAGCUCAACACUGUCCUAAUAUUACGUCUACAAUCAAUAAAAAAUGGUGUUCAUCGCAGAAGAAACAGAUAACAACCUCGAAAGAGCACAUCGCAACAACACCUUUUUCACCAACUUCAAAAGGUACCAUUUUGCCCCACGUGGUAGGUGCGAGAAAAGAAACUUCUAUUAUUAUGUCAACAUAUAUACCAUCCAUUUACUCAUUCAUUUAAUAACAAUCAACUCUAUAGUUGGUAUCAUCAUGGUAUCAUUAAUUCUUAAUAAAUAUCGUGUCAGUGUUCUUUACAUCCCAAUAUUGGUAAAAUUACAGGAAACGACCCGUUUUCUGUAACCAACGUUGGGCGCAUAGCUACUUGACAAAUGUUGUCAGAAAAUUAAAAAUUAAAUGAUAAAGGAAUUUAAGGAAGCAUGGAGUUUUAGGUUAAACUGGUUUUCAACGACACAUAAAAAAAAAAGGUAAAGUACCUAUAUUUAACGUCGGUAGUUCCUUCAGUUGAAAUUCAACUGCUAUCAAUGGAAGCCGACGGUGCGCACUUACCCCCU